UACGCAUGCGUGGUGCUGAACACGGAUCCGCUACACUGGCUUGUUGCUAACUAGCUGAAUCAUUGAGUUGAAGUCUCACAUUUUGCUUGUGAUUGAGUUUGUCUUGCGGCGCAAUGGCGGCAAGAUAUGACAGAGCUAUUACAGUAUUUUCUCCAGAUGGACAUCUAUUUCAAGUGGAGUAUGCACAAGAAGCUGUAAAGAAAGGUUCAACUGCGGUGGGAAUAAGAGGUAAAGACAUCGUCGUCCUUGGUGUGGAGAAGAAGUCUGUUGCAAAACUCCAGGAAGAAAGAACUGUCCGCAAGAUAUGUGCUCUGGAUGAGCAUGUCUGCAUGGCAUUUGCAGGUCUGACGGCGGAUGCUCGUAUUGUGAUAAACAGAGCUCGGGUUGAGUGUCAGAGCCACAGGCUAACUGUUGAAGACCCGGUCACAGUGGAAUACAUCACACGGUACAUAGCUACACUGAAACAGCGCUACACUCAGAGUAAUGGUCGCAGGCCAUUCGGUAUCUCUGCCUUAAUUGUGGGCUUCGAUUACGAUGGAACUCCCAGGCUCUAUCAGACAGACCCAUCAGGAACCUACCACGCCUGGAAGUCAAAUGCAAUUGGCCGUAGCGCAAAAACUGUGAGGGAGUUCUUGGAGAAGAAUUACACAGAUGAAGCAAUUGCUGGAGACAACGAGACCAUCAAGCUGGCCAUCAAAGCUUUGCUUGAGGUUGUCCAGUCAGGAGGAAAAAAUAUUGAACUUGCCGUUAUCAGAAGAAAUCAGCCAUUGAAGAUUUUGGAAUCCAAGGAAAUUGAGAGCUUUGUUGCAGAGAUUGAGAAGGAGAAGGAGGAAGAGGCAGAAAAGAAGAAGCAGAAAAAAUCCACCUGAAGCAGUUAACUGAGACUUUUAUAUUGCACUUGGAAGACAACAGCAUAUUUAGGUCGCAUAUAGUAAAUUGGAAGGAAUUUCCUAUCAUUUAAAGUACACUUCAUGUUUUGUACCAUUGACCAAACAUCUCUGAUCACUUUCCUCUGUUGAAAUAAAUCAAUUGUAACAUUAAGGUUUGUCAUGAAUCUUAUGUCCAAUAAAACCUGACUUAUUUGUA